UUCUGGCUCGCCUUUACCGCAGUCUUCCUUUCUACCUUCCUAUCCGCUGUCAACUUCAUGAUCAUCGCGCCCAUCAUCUCAUUCAUCGCGGCAGACAUGCCACCGAGCAAAAUCUCCCCCGUAUGGCUUGCCUCUACCUCUCUAGCCACCUCUAUCAGCUUCCUACCACUCUUCCGAGGCCUUGCCGACGCUAUCGAUCGUGGCAAAGCCCUGGUGUCUGCGCUCAUGGUCUUCCUCGUUGGCUCUUUUGUUGCUUGUUUGGCACACAGUAUGCUCGAUUUGGUCAUUGGGCGCGGAAUGCAAGGUUUAGGCGGAGGCGGUAUGCUGCUCAUCGGACAGCUCGUUAUGUCAGACCUGACGACACCAAGUGAAUGUGGCUACUUUCUCGGCCAUGUUUGGCUAGCAUUCGGGCUUGCGGCUAUCGUAGCUCCCAUCGCUGGAGGAUGGUUUGCGACAUUCGAUUGGAGGUGGGCCUUCUACAUCGACGUUCCUCUCGGGGUCAUUGCGCUUCUUUUGCUUUGGCCCGCUCAGCUUGCGAAGCCUAAACUCCCGCUUCACGAAAAGAUCCGCAGACUCGAUUUCGUAGGAUCCAUCGUCUUAUUCGGGUCCACGAUUGCGCUUCUGUUCGGCCUCAUUGAUGGAGGUGUAUAUGGUCUGUGGACAUCCGCAAGUGUCUGGGGAUCAAUCGUCAUAGGCGGAGCAGGCGUGAUACUUUUCUGCGUACUGGAAACCGUACCGAGCCCACUUGUGCGAGACCCGAUACUACCGGCAUGGCUCUUCCGACACCGCUCAUCGGUCAUCGCAUACCUGCUCACCUUCUUUCAUGGAUUUCUGUUCUUCGGAGCCCUUCAGGGGCUAGUCAUCUACUUUCAGGUUCGACAAGCCACCCCACUCCGGGCGGCCAUCGAUACACUACCUCUCAGCGUCCCUCUCGUGCCUGCCGCUUUCAUCACAAGCAUGCUCACGGCUCUGACGGGAAGGUACAAAGGAUCGAUAACGGCCUGUCAGGCUUUGAUGACUCUGAGCUUCCUCUCGUUCAUCUGCAUGGACCCAGAGACACUGACUCGGGACUGGGCACUCUAUCAAGUCAUCGGAGGCAUCGGCCUCGGAGGUCUUCACUCGCUGACGUUCCCGGUGACCUGCGCUGCCAUGCCUGCCGAGGAGCUAGCACAAGCGAUUGGGGCCUCUGUUUUUGUCCAUUCGUUAGGAGCACUCUGGGGUGUCUCUUCUGUUCUCAUCGCCUUCCAAUCGCAGGCAGGCCAGCGUCUCGUGCAGAUAGCAGGUGCUGCUAAUGUCGGCAUCGACCGCGGCAAUGUCAUCAGUUUUGUCAAUAGACUCUAUGGACUGCCGGACAGCUUAAGAGAGCCUCUCAGUGACAGCUAUCAGAAAGCCAUACGAGUCGGCUUCAUCGUCCUUGCGCCCUUCGCUUUUGCUGGCUUCGUGGCCAGUCUCUUUAUCAAGCAAGUCCCCUUGUUCGGCUACAACCAAGCUGAG